AUGGCUUCCUCCGCCGCCUUCGCCGCCGCCGCCGCCGCACCCGCUGGUUUUCAUAGAAACAACAGGGUAGCCGAUGCUAUUCCGCCUGAUGACGUGGCGCCACCCCGAGAUGCUCCACCGCCGCCGCCGCCACCGGCGGCAGCAGGGCAUGCAAUUUACGUUCAGCAACUGUACCGGGAUCCACCGCGGCAGCGUUUCCAACGCCUAGAGCUGACAUUCCUCUGCCGCACCUUAACCUGGUCGGUCCUGAUUUUCAUUUUCACCGCCAGCCUCUCCAUCCUCCUAUGGCUGAUUUUCCACCCAACUUUCCCCCAACUCCACGUGACCUCCGCCACCAUGUCGGCUGUCACCUUCACCAACACCACCAAAGCCACGGCCGAGUUCAGCAUCACCCUCCAACUCACCAACACCAACCGCCACCUCACCACCAUAUACGACCAAUUUCAGAUCUUCCUCAUUUACCCUUCCCAGCAAGUACUCCUCUCACAAAAUUACCAGCCCCCAUUCGUUCAGCCCAAGAAAACCCGAACCACAAUCGAAACCAAUCUCGGUUUCACCAACCUUGAUCUGGGGAAUUACGUCGCGAAUGGAUUGAAGGAAGAUCUGGAUCGAGGGAGUUUGAACCUUGGAAUUAGGAUUCUUGCUGUAGUGAGGUAUAAGAAUGGGAAAUGGAAAACAAAGUCUCAGUUCAUGAGGGCCUAUUGCAGUGGUGUAAGUUUCGGGUUUACUUCGAUUAACAGGCCGGGCAUUUUCUUGAAUCCUUACCAAGAAUGCGAGGUUUACAUUUAUACGAAAUAA